AUGACAGAGACAGAGAGACAGAAACAGAGAGACAGAGAGACAGAAACAGAGAGACAGAAACAGAGAGACAGAGAGACAGAAACAGAGAGACAGAGAGAAAGAGACAGAAACAGAGAGACAGAAACAGAGAGAGACAGAAGACAGAAAAAGAGAGACAGAGACAGAGAGACAGAAACAGAGAGACAGAAACAGAGAGACAGAAGACAGAAACAGAGAGACAGAAACAGAGAGACAGAAAACAGAGAGACAGAAACAGAGAGACAGAAACAGAGAGACAGAGAGACAGAAAGAGAGACAGAAACAGAGAGACAGAGAGACAAAGACAGAGACAGAAACAGAGAGACAGAAACAGAGAGACAGAGAGAGACAGAGAGACAGAAACAGAGAGACAGAGAGACAGAAACAGAGAGACAGAAACAGAGAGACAGAAACAGAGAGACAAACAGAGAGACAGAAACAGAGAGACAGAAACAGAGAGACAGAAACAGAGAGACAGAGAGACAGAAACAGAGAGACAGAGAGACAGAGACAGAGAGACAGAAACAGAGAGACAGAAACAGAGAGACAGAAACAGAGAGACAGAGAACAGAAACAGAGAGACAGAAACAGAGAGACAGAGAGACAGAAACAGAGAGACAGAGAGACAGAGACAGAGAGACAGAAACAGAGAGACAGAAACAGAGAGACAGAGAGACAGAAACAGAGAGACAGAAACAGAGAGACAGAGAGACAGAAACAGAGAGAGAAACAGAGAGACAGAGAGACAGAAACAGAGAGACAGAAACAGAGAGACAGAAACAGAGAGACAGAAACAGAGAGACAGAGACAGAGAGACAGAAACAGAGAGACAGAAACAGAGAGACAGAAACAGAGAGACAGAGAAACAGAAACAGAGAGACAGAACAGAGAGACAGAGAGACAGAAACAGAGAGACAGAAACAGAGAGACAGAGAGACAGAAACAGAGAGACAGAAACAGAGAGACAGAGAGACAGAACAGAGAGACAGAAACAGAGAGACAGAGAGACAGAAACAGAGACAGAAACAGAUAGACAGAACAGAGAGACAGAGAGACAGAAACAGAGAGACAGAACAGAGAGACAGAGAGACAGAAACAGAGAGACAGAGAGAAAGAGACAGAAACAGAGAGACAGAAACAGAUAGACAGAAACAGAGAGACAGAGAGACAGAAACAGAGAGUCAGAAACAGAGAGACAGAAAGACAGAAACUGAGAGACAGAGACAGAGA